GCGAAGAAAGAGAGACAGAGCGCGAGCGAAAUCGUGCGACGACGACGACGACGGUGUGCUCUCGGGCGCGCGCGACGAGUAAGUCGAGUAGAGAGGGUAACGUAACGCACAGCCAGCGACGAUCAUCGCUCAGUGAACUAGAAGACACCGACAAAAAUCGCGCGAUGUGCCGCGUGGUCUGCUAAAAAAUUUGCAAGUAUCACGCUGCCAGCGCCGAAUUCAUCCACAUACAACUUGUGCGUGUGUCGUUGUGGCGUUCCAUCCCCAAACGUGCAGCGGAGCGCAAAUAGGAGUCGUGUACAGCACCUAGUUCGUGGCCCGUGUCCACCACUGCAGGAGGAAUUGAAGAUAUUGUACAUAUAUAGACUGUAGAGUGCUCGCUCGCUCUCUGCGGUGUUUACGUGCCCCCGUGUUGUUUCCCGAACUCGGUGCGUGAGCGCGCGUGUAUGUGUAUGAUACCCGCGCGUGUGUGUGUUUGUGACAAGAAGAGAAAAGAGAGAAAUUAUAUAUCGCCAAGAUAUAUACUAUAGCACGCGCGCACACGGACUCGGUGCAGGGCAACCUCGAAAGCUGAACCGUUAUUGGCACGCUGACGACGACGACAACUCGACAACAGCAUCAUCGUCAUGCAGCCCUUCAACAAGGAUAAAAUCCUGUCGAGCGGCCAGCUCAAGCGGCUGAGCGAGCACAAGUACAGCUGCUCGUCGGCGAGCUUCCUGGACAGCCUGCUGCAGCCCUGGUGGGAAUGGCUGACGCAAAAGCUGCCGCUCUGGCUCGCGCCCAACCUCAUCACCGUGCUCGGCCUGCUCGUCAACGUAGCCACUACGUUGAUACUCGUCUGGUACGCGCCCGAUGCCAAAACCGAGCCACCAAGAUGGGCAUGUUUUUUAUGUGCGCUAGGACUUUUUAUAUAUCAAAGUUUAGAUGCUAUUGAUGGUAAACAGGCAAGAAGAACUAAUACAUCUACACCACUUGGGGAACUGUUUGACCAUGGGUGUGAUUCUAUUUCUACAGUAUUUGUUGCCUUGUCAGCAUGUAUAGCAGUGCAAUUAGGAUAUUAUCCAACAUGGAUGUUUUUCCAAUGUUUCUGUGCUAUGACACUUUUCUACUGUGCUCAUUGGCAAACCUAUGUAUCAGGUUCGCUGAGGUUUGGAAAAGUUGACGUAACAGAAGCUCAAUUCACGAUAAUGGGAAUUCACAUGAUAUCAGCUAUUUUUGGACCUAAAAUUUGGACCAUGGAGAUACCAUUUGUAGAGGGUUUUCAGUUUAAAUAUUUGAUAGGAGUUAUGACAGUAAUCUGUGCAUUGACAAACUUAUACCCCAUUCUUUCGGUGAUUUUAACCGGAGGUGUGGGCAAGAAUGGUUCAACUAUAUAUCUACCUGGUUUGAGCACCCUGAAUACUAUUAUAGCUGUAUCGUUUUCCUCUGGAUAUGUAAAUAUGUUCAAUCAAUUCUUUAAAGUCUUUAAAGAAGGCGGGGUUGGAAAAAAUGGUUCAACAGUUGCCGGAACGUCGGUACUGUCCCCCGUCAUACCCUUCAGCUUCGUCGUCGUGCCGGCCUUCAUUAUUUACUGGAAGAGUAACGAGCACGUCUACGAAAAUCAUCCAAUUUUGUACAUACUCGCGUUCGGAAUGGUCGCUGCCAAAGUCACGAAUCGCCUUGUCGUCGCUCACAUGUCCAAGAGCGAGAUGCAGUAUUUAGAUAGCGCAUUGUUAGGACCGGCGAUGCUGUUUUUGAAUCAGUACUUCAACUUCUUCAUCAAAGAGUAUAUCGUUCUUUGGCUGUGUUUCAUCUGGGCUACUGUGGAUUUGCUUUGGUACAGUGCAAAAGUUUGCCUGGAAAUCUGUGAUCAUCUCAACAUUCACUUAUUCAAGAUACCGUUGAUGGAGGCUGCCCAACAUCAGCGCAACAAUGCCGGAUCGUCGGACAAAAAUGGUACUUCUAUUACUACCAGGUCUCAAAGUAGAAGGCUAUCGAAAAAGCACUAGAUAAAAAAAAAUAAAUAAAACGAUUGUAAUAAUGAAUGCACCACUCGCCACUCGAGAAUUGAGUAAGCUGGGAUUUUGGUGGAAAAUUUAACGGAGAAAGUAAUGGGUGGCGAGAGGCGUCAAUUAAUCGUGAUAACUGUACAUAAGUAUCAUAAAAAUCUUUAAAAAAAUACAUAGAAAGGAAGUAUCGGUACAUUCAUUGUUGUGGUCGCAUUCGCUCACUUAUCGAUCAAAUGGCAAUUUUUCAUUAGCUCUCUCUCUGUCUCUUUCUCACUUAAUUUACGAUUUAAAACGCACUACUCCACCAGAAUAUCGAGGAAUUGCUUACUCUUAUAUAAGACUGUUAUUUGCUAUAGAUAAGUGAGUAUCAUUGGUGAGGGUAAUGUUUCGAAAGAAGAAAUCAAUCAUUUUGAACUUGUCUUUUUAUUUUAUUAAAAUAGUUUAAACUGGCGUUUCUUUUCACAUGACGCUUAUGCGCUACAACGUAGCUUAGAAGACAAUUGUUAUUAUUUCGUUACCGGAACUCAUAUUAUAGAGAACUAAUGAAUAUUCCGCUGACCUAGAAUCAUUUUAUUUUUAAAAGAAAGUCGUUGAUACGUUUUAUUUUUAAUUUUUUUUUUAUAAUUUACAAGUUUGAGCUUUAGAUUUUUGUCAAUAAGAUUUUUUUGACGAUCGAAUGAAUCAUCUUGUGCUACAUUAAGUUAUUUGCUCUUACUUUGUUAGUUAAUUGGCUAACUGUACAAUGAAUGCUGUUUAUUAUGCAUCUUUUAAGUCUUGAAGAGAACUUUAUGUACAUUAGUUUACAUGAUAGAGAUAACUUAUGCGUAAUUCAAUAUUUUGUAAAUAUUGCUAUAGUUUUGCUUUUUCGUUUUAACAAGAGAAGUGAUGCUUUCUUCAAGCUAAGCAUCAAUAUAUUUUCUUAAACAAAACGAAUUGUAAAUACUUAUACAAAAGUUGAAUAAUUGAAUUUUUCACUUAUUACAACGGUAAUCAACAAACAUUACUGGCACCUAGUUAAUAUGGCUGUACGGUCUAACAAUUUUAUUCCAAUAACUCAUAAAAAUGUCUAUCAAUGUUUUGAUUGUACUAAUACAAAUUAUCAGAUAAAUCAGUAAAUUGAAUUUUUUAGCACAUUUGGCUUUAAGCAACUUUGUUUUCACACUAUUUUGUUUCACAGCUUGUACAAACGGUUCUUACGAUGACAUGAGGUUAAGACGGGACAAUUAAAAAUCAAACACCCGGACAUUAGACAUAAAUCUUAUAUUUUUAUGACUGUUACUCAAGCCGUUUUAAUAUUAACAAUAGAACUUCCACUUUUUACGGAGGAUCUUGCAAAUCUAGGUAGACCAAGAAAUCAUGAUCAAAAUGAAAAAAUGAAAAAAAUAAACGAUAAGGGAUUCUGUAAUUUUAUUAGUAAACUGAAUUUAUAUUUAGAACUGAGGUGAAAUUUUAUAAAAUAUUGUAUUGAGUGUACAAGCUGUAUAUUACAAGACAAGAAUUGAACAAUCGGAUGUGGUAACGAGCUCCAAUAAAGCAUCUUAUACCAUAAAUGAAAAUUGCAAAAUUUUUAUUAUUAACAAUGAACUUGUCAAAAAUACAUCCUUAUAUCCUUGUAAAUUGUAAUUAAUGCUUCGAAAAUAAAAAAUUCUGUCGCGUAAGUAAUAA